UGUUUGUUGUUUGUGUUGUGGUUGGUCAGUGUGAAGUGGUCAUAAAGCAGAAACUGGACCAUGGAUUUUUAGCUGACCUAAUUCUCCACGCACCAAAGGCACUGCAUGGAUGGAGGGUGCAUGUCCUUUUUUCAACACCCGUCAACAAAAUAGACAUAUGGGAUGCUCACGUUGUUCAGAAACUUAACAAUGGGAGGGAGUUUGUCAUUGCCAACAAAAAUUACAACAAGGACCUCGGUGCAGGCGACACAAUCAAGAUGGAGAUCGAGGCUCACACAAGCGUCCAUACACUACCAACUGCGUCACUGUACUUCGAGGGAUUCCAGCCAUCCGGGUAUCCAGCCACGCCCUCGCCCAGCAGUCACAUGACGACGACACCAGUGACGUCACAUCACGGAAGUGGAAACAGCAACUACAACUACACGAAGUUACUUGGGGAUUCUAUCUUGUUUUACGAGGCCCAGCGUUCCGGCAAACUCCCUUCAGAUAACAGGAUCCCCUGGAGGGGGGACUCAGCGUUAGGGGACAAGGGGGACCGCGGGGAAGACCUCACAGGAGGGUGGUAUGACGCUGGGGAUCACAUCAAAUUUAAUUUUCCGAUGGGAGCGUCCGUGACCUUGUUGACCUGGGGGAUGAUCAAGUUCAAGGACGCGUACGUCAGCUCGGGUCAACUGGAUCAUAUGUACAGCUGCAUAAAAUGGCCGCUUGACUACUUCCUGAAGUGCUGGGAACCUUCGCGGCAAGAACUUUACGUACAGGUUGGCAAGGGCAAAACUGACCAUGAUGUGUUUGGUCGCGCUGAAGAUAUGACCAUGCCCCGCCCAGCAUACAAGGUGACUGCAGCGCAUCCCGGAAGUGACGUAGCGGGUCAAAUGGCCGCAGCAAUGGCGGCGGGAGCAAUUGCUUUUGAAACAAAAGAUAAGGUUUAUGCUACAAAGCUGCUGACAGCCGCUAAAAGCCUGUAUGCAUUUGCAAAGGCUCACCAAGGAAAGUACAGCGACAGUGUAACGGAUGCAAAGGAAUUCUACGGAUCCUCGGGGUUCCAGGACGAGCUGGCACUGGCGGCGGUCUGGCUGUAUAAAGCCAGUAUGGAGAAGCACUACCUGCAGGAUGCGGAGACGUACGUCGCCACGGGCACAGCGUGGGCGUUGGACUGGGAUGACAAGGACGUCGCCGUCCAGAUGCUUCUGUAUGGGGUGACGAAGGACAAGAAAUACAGUGCAAUGGUUGAAGCCUUCCUCCAGGACUUCAUGCCGGGAGGCACCGUGCCGUACACGCCGUGCGGUCUGGUCUUCAGGGACAAGUGGGGGCCAUUCAGCUAUGCAGCCAAUGCAGCCAUGUUGGCUCUGAUGGCGGCCGAGGAUGGCCUUCACCCUGACUCAUACCGCGCAUGGGCAGAAGGUCAGAUCUCCUAUAUGCUGGGUGACAACAAGUACCAUAUGAGCUUCGUCGUCGGCUAUGGGUUGAAAUACCCACUACAUGUCCACCAUUCUGGAAGCACCUGUCCGAAUCCUCCCGCAACCUGUGACUGGAGCAAUUUCGACUCCCCAUCUCCAAACGCUCACGUGCUGUACGGAGCUCUGGUUGGAGGGCCUGACGCCCACGACAACUACAAGGAUCUCAGGACCGACUACAUCCACAACGAAGUUGCGUGCGACUACAACGCCGGCUUCCAGUCGGCUGUAGCAGGUUUGCUACAUUUAAAAAACAGGAACCAGCUCCCCGCCCCAAGUCUUCAUGGGUGUACAUAGUGGAACUCUCGCCUGCAACGUUAACUGUUACACAUCAUUAAAGAUGUCUAUGUUGUU